GUGCGUUCAGGAAUUCUUCUCAUAACAUGCGUCCGAAUAUUCGACAACAUCCACACAAGACAAAAUAGAAAUGGCUGCUGGUGAAAGAAGGGACUUUUUCACUUUUAAAAGCAAACUACAUGAUGUGUACACGAAGCACGUCGUGAUGAUAAAAGGUUUAUUAUUCCUAACACCACAAAAACUUUACCUUGGGGACACUCUGACAUUGAGUUUUACCAGACUGACCCCUCGUUUAAUGUUAAAUAUGCUAUAGGUGCAAUCAAUGAUAUUGCAGACGGCACUUUUCCUGAAAAUGGUAAUUUAGACUUAUUAAUAAAAUUAAUGUUAGAGGAAGUUUUUAAGUAUUAGAUUUAGGUUACGUCAAGCUUGUACAGGUAAAUAAAAUCAAC